UUUCGUUGCCUGUGCAACUGAGUUACUGCAUUUGAAGUAUGUAGUCUGCGUACUGUGUAGUCUUUGGCAGAGGCGUCAACGACACGUGGUUUUGUGUUUAUAUCUGUUCCAUCUUCUAUAGGACGUAGGAGCAAAAGCAGGAUUGUAACCACAAAGGCGACGGAAAUUGUCUUUGGAAUAAAUAGAAUUGAUAGUGAGUGCGUUUGUAAUAAUAGAUUUUCUUUUUAUUGUGCUUGUAGAAGAUGGAUGAAAGUAGUAAAGCGGUCGUUGUAACAGCGUCAGCUACACGAAAAGUAUUUAAACCCUCAAUAAACGUUGUGAAUAAAAUCCCAGAAGCGUUGGCGGAUAAGAUUAAUUCGCAUGAGUUAACCCAAGUACUGCCAAAAAAUUAUAACUUUGAAUUGCCGAAGACAAUUUGGCGCAUUAAACAGAUAGAAGCCAAACGAGUUGCUCUUCAAAUGCCCGAAGGGUUGCUCAUGUUUGCAACAACAAUUUGUGACAUUAUAGAAGAAUUUACUGAAGCUGAUACUGUGAUAAUGGGCGACGUAACUUACGGCGCAUGCUGCAUAGAUGAUUACACUGCGAAGGCGUUGCGAGUGGAUUUACUUGUUCAUUAUGGCCAUAGCUGUCUUAUUCCUGUUGAUCAAACGAUUGGCAUCAAAGUUCUUUAUAUUUUUGUUGACAUCAAAAUUGAUUCACUGCAUUUCUUAGAAACAAUUCAGUAUAAUUUCCCAAAGGAAGAGAAGAUUGGUUUAGUUAGCACUAUUCAGUUUGUUGCUACCUUGCAUGCUGUUGGCAGAGAACUGAGGGAGCUGGGUUACAAAGUAACUAUUCCUCAGAGUCGACCACUUUCUGCAGGAGAAAUUUUGGGCUGCACUUCCCCAACAAUAAAAGAUGUCAAUGUGUUGAUAUACUUAGGAGAUGGAAGAUUUCAUCUUGAAGCAGCCAUGAUAGCAAAUCCAUCACUCAGGGCUUUCAGGUAUGAUCCAUAUGAAAAAAAAUUCACUGAGGAAUUUUAUGAUCAUUCAGCAAUGCUGAAAAUAAGAAGUGCUGCUAUUCAAAAAGCAAGUGAGGCUUCUAGAUUUGGCUUGAUAUUGGGAACUUUAGGUCGGCAAGGAAAUCCCAAAGUUUUGGCAACAUUACAGGAACGAAUCUCGCUAAUGAAGAAAGAAAGCACUGUCGUCCUGUUAUCAGAAAUCUUCCCUGACAAGCUUAAGAUGUUCUCAGAUGUAGAAGCAUGGAUUCAGAUUGCUUGUCCACGAUUAUCCAUUGACUGGGGUUAUGCAUUCAUCCAGCCUCUUCUGACACCAUUUGAGGCAGCUGUAGCCUUGGGUUCUGUGCAUUGGCGGAAGGACGAGGAUCGCUAUCCAAUGGAUUUCUAUGCUAACACAAGUUUGGGACCUUGGACUCCAAAUCAUAAAACAACUCCAGACAAGGAUGACACUAAGUGUUGUGGUAAGACUGGCUGUAGUCCCUCACAGGCAACAGGCAAACACUAAAGGAAAACUACUGUUAAAUGGAUUCUGUUGUUAAGUGUUCUAAUGCUUUAUAAAUCUCUAUGGUACAUGUUACAUCUUCAUUGCAAAACAUUUUAGACUGAUUCACUGCUUUCUAAUCUAAGAGCUUAUAUAUCAACGUAUUUGUCAGGUCACAAAAGGUUAGGAACUGUGCUUGAAGAGUUGUUUGACUGGAUAACAAUUGAGUUGUAUGCAGUUAAUUUUUCAGUGAUGCAGACCUAUGUAUUUUUAAUUACACUAUCCAUGAUUUUUACUAUUGUCAUUUCAGUUGCAAGUCUUUAUUCUGCCUGUCACAGUAUUACAUUUUUGUUAACACCCAUUUUGUGCAGUGUUGUAUCCUUUGUUGAUUAUCAGAUAUUAUAUGUAGCACACCGUCAGGUGGCUUGCAGAGUAUGGAUGUAGAUGCAAUAGCCUAUACAGUAGAGUGAGUCAGAAUGGCUCCUAAAUGUUUGAACUAGGACAUAUAGCACUAGAUACUGACAGUACCAAAUGAGACAGAACUGAGGGAGCUGAGACAGCACCCCAAAAAGUCUUUACUUGCCUGUUUCUUAAUUACCGAACCAGUCUGUAUUUUCAGUGAAAUAAUAGAUACUAUGAAUAAAGUGAUAAUAUUGUAAGUCUA